AUGAACAAAAUCGUUGAUUAAAUUGAAUAUCAACCAAAUGUCCCUUAUUAGCAAUUGAAUUAAUAAAUUAUGGACUAAAAUGUAUAAUUAAAAAUAAUUAUAGAUAUAUGGAAGUAAAACAGAUGAAUUGGAUUAGUUGCUUAAAGACAUAAAUAUACCAGAUUAAGUGGAAUUUGUACAUUAAUUUAAAAUUGAUGUAUAAAAUUGCUGUGGCUAUGGUCAUCUUAGUUAACAUACUUAAUUUGAUAUAUAAGGAAUAGGAGAAUUAGAGUUUUCUGUGAGAGUUGAAUUAGUUUGUGUAUGUAUUUGUUACUGUUGUCGGAUGUGUGAAUGCGAUAAACAUGAAUACCCACAAGAAGUUUAUAUCUUAAAAAAUAACAAUGUACAAUUAGAAUUUUGGCCUGGUAGUACAGGGAAAGUAUUUGUAAAUGGUAAAUAAAUUUUUGAAUUUCUUUAAACCUUUCCAAAUCCAUGUGAUAUCUUUAAUCAACAUUGUUGUUCUUCAUAUCCAAAAUUGAAGAUUCUUUCCCCAAUUGAGAAAAAUUAUUAGCUAAUUUUGAAACCAGAUCUUAACAAUUUUCCAGAAUCUAUUUUCAGUGUUAUGGGUUGUACUGCAUGUUUGGAUAUUUUUACCACUUCUAAGAACUAUUAUGUUGAUGGUCUUACAUAAGGAAGAUGUUAAAUUAUUAAUACCAGAACUGCAUGUGAAGCCUUUGCAAGAGUAUCUGAAAUGCAAGGUGCAUGCUGUUAAUAAUGCCCUUUAAUUGAUUACCCCCGUUUUGCUGUUUAAUUCGACGGUGUCAGGAAAAUUGAUAAAAUUGCUAUCAUCAUGGGAUUAGUUCAUACUAGUUUCUACAAGUAAUGGGUCACCCUUGGCAACUCACUUCAUUUAAAAUUUUAAUCAUUUUUAAUAAAAUGA